AUGACACCACUGGCCGUCCUUCUUCUUGCCACUCUGACCGCCGCACUCCCAGUGCACCAGAACACAGAGUGUUGCGCCGCGGCAGACGACUACUCGGCCCAACAGGUUGCGCGCGGAACUGAGGCCGGAAACCCGAGCAAGGGGAAGCCAUGGGCGAGCAGCCCGUGGCUCGGCGGCGGUGGCGGCGGCACCGAGACGACCAACCCUCCAAGCGGGUACGCCGGCAACCCGUGGCUUAUUCGGCCGAACGGCACGCCAUACGGCGCCAAGGGCGGGGGCGUCGACGUCGGCAACCCCGUGCCGUUUGGAAGCAAGGGCAAGAAGCCGUGGGGCGUCAGGCCCGCCAACUGGCCCGCCAACUUCGACGGCACGGGCACGCACGCUGGUAACACGCUCAUCAAGGGGUGGCCCAACACCCGCAGGGACGAUGACGGCCGCUACGAUGGCUUGGACGCGAGCGAGACCGGCGACGACGGUACCGAGACGAACAAACUCGUCGAAAACGGCGACACAGGCAACACCGGCAACAUGCUGGUCAAGGGAUGGCCGAACAGCCGUCGACAGCUCGACUGA